UCGCGCGGGUUUAGGGCGCGACCCGGUCGGGACGAGCGGGGGCACCCACUCGCAGUGCCCGAGUGGGUGCAUCUGCACCGGGGUUCAAUCCAUCGUCCCUUGAAUCCGCGCUGGUCUCUCUCACUCCGUCCUGCAUCCGCCCCGGGGACACGCGCAGCUGUGCGCACUCGCGGAUUUCUUUUGAAAAAAUAACAUAUUUCUAGACACCCCCCCCCCCAUCUUUGCAAACUGGCCAGGAGGCGGGGCUGGAGGUGGGGCCGGUGGUUAAUAACGGGAGAUAGGCGGAGUCGAGACCAGCUAUUGGCUGGUGGGAGUAGUGAUGUCACCCAUAUGACACCCUGAUAACGAGUUGAGAGAGAGCCCUCAACUUUUUGCAGAAGAAGCGCGCGCGCCUGGGAGUGCUUGGGGUCCGGCGCUUGCGGCGGCUGCCAGGAGUGGGAGAGCGAGAAAUCAAGCGAGUGAGAGAGAGAGCGCGCGCGGGUCCCGGGCCGCCGCCGCCUCCUCUCCGGUCGCCGCAGCCGCCGCCGCAGCAGGGAACGGGACCGGGGGGGAGGGGGGCAGCCGCGGACCCGCGGGGCCAAGGACUUUGCAACUUGCCGGAGAAGGUGGAGGGGCGGGAGGGGGAGGGGCGCCCGCGCAGGAGACCGAGCGCCCAGCCCCGCCGAGGACCAUGGUGCAGCAGGCCGAGAGCUCGGAAGCCGAGAGCAACCUGCCCCGGGACGCGCUGGACACUGAGGAGGGCGAGUUCAUGGCGUGCAGCCCGGUGGCCCUGGAUGAGAGCGACCCGGACUGGUGCAAGACGGCGUCGGGCCACAUCAAACGGCCCAUGAACGCCUUCAUGGUGUGGUCCAAGAUCGAGCGCAGGAAGAUCAUGGAGCAGUCGCCCGACAUGCAUAACGCCGAGAUCUCCAAGAGGCUGGGCAAGCGUUGGAAGAUGCUGAAGGACAGCGAGAAGAUCCCGUUCAUCCGGGAGGCGGAGCGCCUGCGCCUCAAGCACAUGGCUGAUUAUCCCGACUACAAGUACCGGCCGCGCAAAAAGCCCAAGACGGACCCAGCCGCCAAGCCCAGCGCCGGCCAGAGCCCGGACAAGAGCGCGGCGGGCGCUAAGGCAGCCAAGGGCCCGGGCAAGAAGUGCGCCAAGCUCAAGGCGCCUGCGGGCAAGGCGGGCGCAGGCAAGGCGGCGCAGCCUGGGGACUGCGGCGCGGGCAAGGCAGCCAAGUGCGUCUUCCUGGACGACGAUGAUGAAGAAGACGACGAGGACGACGAGCUGCAGCUACGGCCCAAGCCGGACGCAGACGACGACGACGACGAGCCCGCGCACUCGCACCUGCUGCCGCCACCGGCGCAGCAGCAGCCCCCUCAGCUGCUGAGGCGCUACAGUGUGGCCAAGGUGCCCGCCAGCCCCACGCUCAGCAGUGCCGCCGAGUCCCCCGAGGGCGCGAGCCUGUACGACGAAGUGCGCGCGGGCGGCCGGCUCUACUACAGCUUCAAGAACAUCACCAAGCAGCAGCCUCCGCCCGCGCCUCCCGCGCUGUCGCCCGCGUCCUCGCGCUGCGUGUCCACCUCCUCAUCCAGCGGCAGCAGCAGCGGCAGCGGCGCCGAGGAUGCCGACGACCUCAUGUUCGACCUGAGCUUGAAUUUCUCCCAGGGCGCGCACAGCGCCUGCGAGCAGCCACUGGGCGCGGGAGCGGCGGGGAACCUGUCCCUGUCGCUGGUGGAUAAGGACCUGGAUUCCUUCAGCGAGGGCAGCCUGGGCUCCCACUUCGAGUUCCCCGACUACUGCACGCCGGAGCUGAGCGAGAUGAUCGCGGGGGACUGGCUGGAGGCGAACUUCUCCGACCUGGUGUUCACGUAUUGAGGGGCACAGGGCUCCUCGGGAGGCAGUCGUGGCGGUCAGGAUAAAGAGGAUGGUGGGGGGAGGGGGAGAAGAUGCUCAUGGUCAGAGAUGUGGCGCAGAGAAAUUGGAAACGGUGAUGAAAUGUUGGAGUUAAAGUGAAAUGAGUAGUUUUAAACAGAUUUUCCAGGUUUUUUUUAAUCUUUUAAUUUUUAAAAAAAUUUUUUGGUCUCCCCACUCUUCCCUUCCUUUAUCGUGUCUCAAGGUAGUUGCACACCUAGUCUGGAGUUGUGAUUUUCCCCACCCGUAAAAAAUCGUGUUUUGUAAUUUCUAUUUCUUUUUCCUGAAAUUCGUGAUUGCAACAAAGGCGGAGGGGACCGGGCGGGGGAGGGGAGGAGGCCCCGCUCCGGAAGGCGCUGUUUGAAGCUCGUGGCUCUUUGAAGUCUGAAAGACGUCGGCAGAGGACCCUUUAGACGGCACAACUGUUACUCUAGGGAGUUGAUAUUUUUUUUUCUUAAGAGAUUUAAAAAGGAACUGGUGAUUUAAAAAAAGAAAAACACAAAAAGGGACCAUUGCAACCUUUUUAUUUUCUUUUCUUUUUUGGAGGGAGAAAGCUGAUGUCUUCUAUGCAUCCGAUUUCUUAAACUGCAGGGAGCUUGAAAAAAUGCAGUCUGUACAAACGCUUACAAAAAUCAUAACUGUGAACUGACUUAAGACCAGAGUUUACUUUUCAGAUCAAAUUGUUUAUGGUUUUACAAAUGUGAUUUCUACUUGGCAACCUUUUUUUGGUAACUCGUUCCCUUAUACCUCCUUGAUUGAAUACCUUACAGCCUAGACCUCAGUACAAAAAGGUAUUGAAACAUUUUUGAUACAUAACAGACCUCAAUCUUUUUUAAAAAUUAAUAUAUUUUCAGGCGUAUUUUUGUACAGUGAAAAGGGAACAAUCUUGCUGUGUUUUUUCAGUAAGACUUUCAGGCACUUCUUCCCUUUUGAUUUCUUUUUCUUUUUUCUUUUCUUGUUUUUGUUUUUCUUUCUUUUUGUUUGUUUUUUUAGCAUGCAAAUAUGUUGGUACGUUAUGUCCUGGUUUAAAAGGAUUAAAAAUUUAAAAGUAAUCCUUGCAUCUAAAGGCCUUGUGGUUAAAAAAAAAGAGCAAACUUUUUUUGUACAGCUAUAGUAGAGAUUUGUUCAAUAUUUGUAGGUAAAGAUUUAUUGAAAAUGGUGACCUAGACCUCAGAGCUGUUCUUAGUUUAAGACUGUAUGUACUGUAUCAUAGUAGGACCUAUGUAUCUCAUCGCUGUGAUGUGUGGACGGGGCCCCAGACGGAAGGUUUGAAACUGGAUACUCGAUUUUUAUCAAAAAGAAAAAGGAAAGGCACAUAGUUUAAAAUUUUCUCAUUUUGUGCAAUAUAAUCUAAAUAAACAGACCAUUGCAUAUUUAGUAGCAAAUGGUGGCGAAGCAGACUCAAUGCACUGUCGAAGUCACCGCCGGGGUUUUUGGGUUUUUUUGUGUGUGUGUGCUGAAGUCUGUGUCUUGAUUUUAAUAAAUCAGCAGGAUCUGAUAGAAGCUCGCAUGGCCCAUAGUCUCUCUAAGUCCAUCCCGGGGCCGCGUGUUCACAGAUCAGCGGACGCGGGUGUCCGAGGGCGGAUGCCGCUUCUAGAGCCCUUAGGCUGCCAUGUAGGUGGCAGCCCGGUGUCCUCCCUUCUCACCCCGCCUUGCGUCUCCAUUCCCGCCGUGAGCUUCGCGCCGGUGUGUGCGUGGCGAGUCCGGAGCUAGUGUCCACAGGGCUAGGCCUCCGCUUCUGGCUUUGGCUUUUUUUUUUUUUUUUUUUUAAAUCUCCACCCCAUCCGCGGGCAGCCUCGCUGCGCGCGCGCUCAAUGGGAUACAAGUGGAGAGGGCCGCGCCCUUCUGGGUUAUCCACGCGGGUGGGGCAGGAGGAAAGCAAAUGCGCCUAGAGCCGCCUCCACGGUACAGGGUGGCUUUGGUUUCUUUGAUGGAGCAUUUGCCUCCCGGGGCCCUCCACUCCCCUCCCCUAGCCAGCCUGUCCCUGGCGGUGUCCCGCGAGCAAGCCCAACUCCCCGGGGCCGCGGCGCCCGCGACCGAGGAACCCUUCCGGCGGUGAAUUGAAACUCGGUGCCCAACAGCCCGACUCUAGACCCACAGAAACCGUUACGGCGCGGGCGCUGACCACGGGGACUUGGCCAAUAGGGAUCCAGGUCGGGGCCCCACGCAGGACGCGAACUGCAGGUAGAGAGCUCCUCUGAGCAGCUCGAUCUCACAGCGCGCGUGGGUGGGGCGGCGGCCCGGUGUGGCUUUUUGGGACUUCCAAGCCCACCCCUCCCCCACAGCGCGCUGCUGUGAACCACGCGGGGACCUUUAAGGCGAGAAUAAUCCCACCAGCAGUUUACAGGGGACAGUUUCUGAAGCCUAAGGAAAGGGCAUUCUGAGUGUCUUGAGAUCUUUACAUUUGCAUGUGUUUCCUGUUUUCCAGCGGGCGUUUUCCAUGGUGAGGAAGGAACUUUUAAGUAAAUUAGAAAAGGUGUGAGGAUUUGGCUUCAGAAUGGAAGCAUAGCUGUAAUUUGUAUUUUAAAAUUAUGUGGCCGAGUUUCUUGGUAGGAAAAUAAGAGACAGUUCUUGGUUGGAGAUCAGAAAAAAAAAAAGAUUUUUUUUUUUUUUAAUCCCAGUUAGAACUCAGGAAAGGCGCUUGAAUGCGCUUUUAAACAAUAUUUAAAGCAGUUUAGACGAAUGCAUUGUGAAGACCAUUCCCAAUGAACUCUAUUGAAUGUCUAAUACACAGGUAUUCCAGCUACUGGCUAGGCUUCAAUAAAAGUUUAGCUGCAUUUUUUUCCUCCUAAGUAAGUCUUAUUUUUAACUGAGCAUUGACAGUAUCUUAAAAUGGUAACGUGGGCGUGGGCGUUGUGUGCAUAGCAGUCUAGCCGGUUGGGUACCCUGCUCCUGUACCUAGUUCACAGACUCGAGUGCAUUUUUUUGGCGAGAUUUCCAUCUUUGAAGAAAAAAAAAAUACCUGAACCAGCGUUCUCUUAUUAAUUCUUUAAGCUGUGGAAAUGAUUUCCAGUUUCUACAUUCUCGAUAUGCAUCCUUCUUAUUAAAAAGAAAUAAUACGAAUGAAAGGCAGUAUGCUUAAGGUGUGCUUUGCAAAUACGUGUUAUGAAUGACUACGGUCACUGGGCAAAUUAUUUGUAGAAUGAUUAGCCUUUAGCUAGAAAAAAAAAAUCAUUGCAGCUCUUUUGGGCCUGGAUAGUUCUUUUUAAUGUUAAUGGAGGGAAGUGAUUUAAAUAUGCAUGCUCUUAGCAGUCAGGAUCUGACUUAGUUGUUUUGAGAGAAAAAGAAAAAAAUCAAAAGGCAAGGUCUACUUUUUUUCUCUGGGAAUUGAAACCACAAUCAUCUUGAUAGUAGAAUGGUGUAAGAAAUGGACAUUUAUUCUUCACUUCAGAAUUCAAAUGAGUUUUGCCCAAGGAAUCUGGGGAAUGAGGCUAAUAAGUUGCUCAAUUUUCAAGUAGUCAUUCAACAGGAGUCUCUUCCAUCACGCAGCUUUUUAUUCUCUGAUGGGGUAUUAUGUAUAGUCUCACUGUUCUCUCCUAAUGGGCAUGUGUAUCUUUGUGGACACUUGGAAGAGAGGUUUUCUUGUACUCUCUCAUUUCUAGAAUCUUUAUACUCUUUUUUCCUGCGAGGUUCUCUGCUUUUAACAGAUUUCUGAGGCAACUAUAUUUGUGCUUUUUUCUUAAUGUAGGAAGACCAGCGAAACUAGCUUACCGAGUUGUCGAUUUUAUCAGUAGAUAAAGAAACUUUGUUUAUUACAGUUUCAGGGAAGGUUUUUCAGGAUAUUUCUCAGUUAUUCUAAGGGCCAAAUUUUAUAAGAAAAAAAAAAUCUCCAUUAGGAAUGUCAGUUUCAAAUACCCUUUGUAUAGCCUAUGGCCUGUGAGGACAAUACGACUGAGCCUUACAUGAGUCCGAACAGGAAUUCAUAAGUCCCCAAAGUAAACGUCUCCAUGUAACGACUCUUGACGUGUUUCUCUGAGAGUUGGCUUAUUUUGAUUAUCGAUUCUUUCUCACUGUUCAUUCCUGUUGAUUUAUUCUGCCGAAUUUCUUUGGGUUUGAUGAGCUCAACAUUUUUUUUGCUCUUUGGUAACAACUCAGGUUUUGGUUUGGGGUUUUCAUGCCCCCUUUGUGUGUUGCUUACGUUUUCCACCACAGUAUAAAAUUACUGAAGCCAAGCUACUUCCCAUUCCCUUCCUAUUUCCCCCCUCCCCCCCAGCUCCUAACACACCUUCAUUUUUCCCCCCCAUCGUCUUAUUUUUUUUUUAACACUACCUAGAUGCGUUAGCUGCCUGAUUAGUUUAUCUAUUCCAUGUGGAUGCAGUGAGUUUAUAAGAGAAUUUCACAAACAAGUAGUUUUUUAGUGAACUUAAACAGAAUUUUAAAGGAGACCUAUUUUUAUACUCAAUAAAAGCACAAAAGUGCAUAAAGUAUAGCAUGGCGUACAAAGGGAAAUCCACUCAUAACGUUCCAUGUAUAGAAGUAAUAAUUUUCUUGGAUAGCGAUAUUCUUUGAAGACCCAGUGCCUGUCUGCCUGUGCAUAGACAGGAUGGUUUCCACACACUGGGAACUUCCGGUUGCCGGCACUUGACAAACACACUUCACCACAGCCACGAAGAGCAAUAGGCAGGAGCUGAGAUGUGCCUCCUGAUGAGCAGUCGGCCACUAGGCAACCUGGAUGUGCACAUGCGGAGGCUCCAGUCUCACUGUUUGAUCAAACUUCUUUUAUGUAGUCUCUUCUGUGAAAAAAAAAAAUGACAAAACAAAGCAAUAUGACAAGUUUGAAAAUGCAUUUGAACAUAGGAUUUCCUCCAGGGUCCUCAAAGAGAUUUUUUUUUUUAAAUGUGACAGUUAAUUUUAGUAGGCACAUUACAUGCACCCCCCUUCAAAAACAGAACGACUGGAAAUAAUCAAGACAUACUGUAAAAAGAAUUUUGAUCAAAUGGCUAUUGACAAAGGGCCCUCGAUUCCCAUUUCUCUUCACCCAGCUUGCGUUCAAAAACCGUAUGCCUCGUCCCCUGAAUCACACAGGGAGAAGCGUCCUAUGCCAUUGUCACGGACUCCCCACUUUGUCUACUUUUGCUCUUGUACAUAUGUUGUGGGUAUCGGUCGUUCCCAUUUGUUCUGUAACACCCUUGUUUGAAUGGACUGUUUUGAAACGGAGGCCUGUGUCUCAGGUGUGGGACACCUAGCGGUCAUGGCAACCCAUCCCGUAAGGCUUUGUUUGCCAAGCCUCCGGGACAGAGCCACCUGAAGUCUGAGAGCAGUUAUCAGCAUGGCACUGUUAACUAGUGCUUUGUUUUCCAAGGCCGAGAGAAACAACUUUCACAGCCGCUCCAGGUUUGAGAGAGGAAUAGCUGGAAAGCCCUUUUGUUUAGAAGUCUGAGUGGGUUGUGGGGGGACCUUUUAUAGAGUUUGCAUGCCAGCGCAGGACCUGUUGCUGUCAGACAGAGAGAAGGAGAAGCUACCUGAGGCAGUGCGCUGGGGGACCAUGUAAGUGUCCCAUAGCACUAGGGAAGCAAAUGCAUGGUGAAGUCAUGUCUUCUGGUAGAGGUUAUCUAGCAUGCAGAGUGUAGUGUGUUGAAACUGUAUGACGUUGCUGUAUCAAAGUUGUAAAAUUAAGCAUUAUUUAUUGAAAACUAUGUAUUUUUUUGUAAAAACCUGAUCACACAGAGAGUAUCAGUGGCUUGUGCUUUGUGCUUCAAUCAAACCAGCUUCGUGACCGCCCUCCUUGGAAUGCAGUGUUAAUGCUCAGGGUUGAAUUCAUACACUCCAAUGUCUCUUUUGCAGGAGUUUUUCACAGAGGAAUACAUUUGUUCAAAAGACCAAUAAAAUCGUGUGAUCAAUCUCCACAUGUGGCUUUUAUGUGACUUUUUUUUUGUUUUGUUUUGGUUCGGUUUGGUUUUGUCCCCAUUUUUGCAUUGGGUAACUACUGUGUGACUCCUAAAGUGUUGUCUCGAAGCUGAGAGAUUUGAAAAGUCCUGGUGUCUCAGCGUCUAACGAGGACCCACAGCCUGGGCAGGACUGGGGCCCUCAGGAAGUGAUGCUUCGGGCAGGCUGCCGAGCUGCCCAUAGUGAAGCAAGCAUGGUGAUCGUGUCUUGGUAUUUUUGAACUGGCCAAUAGAGUGAAUAAAAAGCAUAGGCAAGGUAUAGAGGGGUAGAUUAGCCUGUAUGUCAGAGUUAGAGGGUGAAGAGACUAUUCAGGGGCAGUUGCUGAUGUUGAAUCCAAUGCCAGCAAACUCCAUUCCUCAGUGUCUUUUUUUUUUCUCCCCCUCUAUAAACAAUUUACAGUGUAAAUGUAUUUUGACAUAGAAACCAUUCUGUAUUAAAACUCUUGCUAUAAGAUGUUUUUAUGAAAGCCUGUAAGUGGUCCUUGGAAUUAUUAUCAGAUUUUUUUAAAGAUGUGUUUACAUGGUGAGUGUUUGUUGCAUAUUAAUUAAAUUUGGUUUUGUAGAAA